AUGGAAGUGACAGGCAUACACGGACGGCAAAACUAUCCUUAUAUAACAACAGAGAUACUAGCAUGGAUACCUCUAUUACAAGAGAAUGUUAAAAUCGGAUUUCAUGUUUUCCCAGCUUUAAACAUAGCAUUAGUGGGAUACGCAUGGAUAAAUCGUUAUCUAGGAAAAUUUUUAAAUCCUUACCUACAGCUACAGAAUAACAACGACAAACAUACACACCGUCCUACAGAGACGUUACACACAAAAAAUCAAACACCUACAACUUUACUACAAGUGACAGAACAGGUUAACAUAGCGCUGGAAACACCAGAACCGCAUAAAACAGACAUAGAAGAGAAAACACGCGAAACAUCACUACUAACCCCAGAGUUAAAACAGAAACUUAUCCAAAUGAUAACAGACAGUACCAAACAGCUACAACCGAACAAGGCUAUCAAAGACGUACAAUAUAAGAUGACACUUACCAGUAACAAACCCAUCUUUCUCAAAUCAUACCCUGUACCAGACAAAUACAAAGACACAGUAUUAACACAACUACAAAACUUAAAGGAACGGCAUAUUAUCGAAGAAGCCACAGACAACGCAUUUGCUUCACCAGCUUUCAUCAUACCAAAGAAGAAUGGUAAACAUAGACUAGUCGUAGACUACAGACAGGUUAACACAAUCACCGCAGACAUAGCAUGUAUCUUUCCAGACAUCUAUACCAUAUUACGAGAAAUACCGUACGGCAACAAAUACUUUACACAAAUCGAUCUAAAAGACGGAUAUCACCAAAUUGAAAUGCAUCCAGACAGUAAACCAUACACAGGAUUCGCAAUUACCGGACAACACUACAUCUAUAACAGAAUGCCAUUCGGAUUAAAGAAUGCACCUGCAUAUUUUCAGAAAAUCAUAUACCAACGCAUCGGAGACUUACCUUUCGUAAAAGUAUUUCUAGAUGACAUUCUCAUCUACUCACCAACCGCAGAAGAACACUUGCAGCAUAUACAACAAGUACUCACCCGAUUCCAACGAUACAACAUUAUACUCAACAUCGAGAAAAGCAAUUUCUUCCAGUCACGCGUAAUAUACUUGGGCAACAUCAUCUCUGAAAAAGGAAUACAGGCAGAUACUCAAAAAUUGGACAUUUUUAAGAAAUCAAGACCGCCAAAAACAGCCAAAGAGCUAAUGAGCCUCAUAGGAACUAUCAAUUGGUUCAGACCGUACAUACCAAACCUAUCCAUCAAGCUAGGCAUACUGAAUAAGAAACUGAAAGGAGGAAAACGCGAGGAUAUAAAGAAAAAUGCUAUUUCAUGGUCACCAGAGGACGAAGAGUGUCGUCAAGACAUCUUCAACACAAUCCAGAGACAAAUAGUACUAUCUAAUCCAGAUCCGACCAAAUCAUUCCACUUAUUCACGGAUGCAUGCGAAACAGGCAUCGGCGCAAUACUAACACAGACAGACAGAAUUAUCGGACUAUACAGCAAAACGCUAAUACAAUCAGAAAUGAACUAUACUACAAAGGAGAAAGAAUUAUUCGCCAUUAUCAAAGCCUUGGAACACUUCAGAAUCCAAAUACUAGGCAGGCACAUCAUAGUACACACAGAUCAUCGGAAUCUACUAACAACACAACCGCUAGACAAAUCCAGAUCCGAACGAUGGAAAAUCAUGACUCUAGAAUACGACAUACAACUCGAACACAUAGCAGGAAAGAACAAUACAAUCGCAGACUAUUUAUCAAGAGCUGAAAAUAAAAUAUACACAACCACCGAACAAUUACAGACAACUAACACUGACUCACUAACAGCAGUACUACAGCAAAUGUCAAACACAGACGACAUCAAAGAAAGAAUUAGAAUCAUAGCAGAAUAUCUAGGACACCCAGGAACCGGAAAAUUAUACCGAACACUAAAAAUACAUUGGCCUGGCAAUCAACUACUCAAAGAAAUAAAAAAGUACAGAAGGAACUGCAUAUCAUGCCAACAGAACAUCAUCGGCAAAGCAAUCACACCAACAAGUCUAGGAACUUUAUCUACAGCAACACCAUUUACGGACAUAAGCUCGGACAUAUUUGGUCCAUUUACAUUAGCGACAAACAAUCGAAAGUACUACAUCAUCACAAUCACAGACAGAUGCACUCGAUGGUCAGAAAUAGCACAUACAAAGCUCAUUACAGCACAAGCUAUCAUAAAACAACUACAACAGUGGAUAAAUACACAUCCCAAACCAAUUACAAUACUACACGACCGAGGAUUACAAUACACAUCCAAAGAGACACAAGAAUUUUUAAAACAACAUAACAUACGAUCAAUACAUACAACACCGUACAAUCCAACAGGAAACAGCAUCUCAGAAAGAAUCAACCAAGAAAUCAAAUUCAUAUUAUCACACGACAGUACAGCAGGCAUAAAAUCAGCCAUUAACAAAAUCCACAGGCGAUUAAACUACACAUAUCAUACAACACUACAAUGUACACCAUUCGAACUCGUACACCAGUACCAUCCACUCGAUCCACAGAAGAAAACAAUCGACAUACACGAGAAAUUAGCAAACAUUCAGAAAAGAAUUCACACGCAACAGGAGCUGAGCAAACAAAAGCGUAACAACAUUCAACGUACACCAAAAAUCGGCGAUGAAGCCUACUACAAAAACUACACACAAGGAGACAAACUAAGCAAACGAUGGCAAGGACCCUGUAUUAUCACAAACAUAAACUCAUCAGGAACCCAAAUAACAUUACGUCAUACUCAACAUAACAAAGAAAUCACCUGCAACCCACACCAACUCAGAUUAGCAUAA